AUCUCAGAACAAGGAAACGCAGCAUUUUCAAAUGAGUCCAGUUUGUAGUUUUUAAACGUGGGCUGUUUAAUUCGCUGGAGAUUAUUUUCCUGUAGGGAUGCAGGUUCUAUGAUCAGCCUAAGGACCCCUGCAGAAGAAGAAAAACACGUUGAAAUUGCCCAGCUCAGACAAGCAGUGCUAGAAAACAAUGACAGACUCCUCGAGGAAAUGCUAUGCCAAGAUAUUUACAAAAAGGUCAUUAACUGCAGAGGAGGCUGGGGAAUUGCGGGCACACCCUUACAUGCUGCCGUGUCCAAAGGCCAUCUCAGCUGUCUCCAGGUUCUGCUUGCCCACGGUGCCCUGGUCGACUGUGUCGAUGUGAAGGCUCAGACGCCCCUCUUUGCAGCUGUGCGGGGAAAAUACCUGGACUGUGUAUUAACUCUCCUAGGAGCUGGCGCCAACCCCAAUGGGAACUCAUCCAACAACUGCUCCCCGGUCCUGACUGCUGCCCGUGAGGGGGAUGUGGAGAUACUAAGAGAACUGCUCAAACAUGGUGCUGAGGUGAACUCUCGCUCCAAAGUCUUCCUCUGGUCUUCCAGUGCCAGAGUUUCCAGCGGACCGCUGUACCUGGCUGCUGUUUACGGACACAUGGAGUGUUUCAGACUGCUUCUUCUAUACGGAGCAGAUCCGGAUUAUAACUGCACUGAUGAAACGCUUCUGAGUUCUAUCAAGCAUCCCAAAACUGUGCUUGAAAUGUGCCUGAGGCAUGGCUGUGGAGUGGAGUAUAUACAGCUUCUGAUCGACUUUGGAGCCAAUGUUUACCUCCCUACACUGAUUAUCGAGAAGUCUACGAAGCAGAAUGAGGCUGUGGAGCUGCUUCUACAGGAGAGGGGAAAUCCAAAGGCCUUGACUUCCCAGUGCCGACUAGCUGUCAGACGAUACCUCAAAAAGAUCAAAAAGAUCCAGCUCAUCGAGCAGCUGGACAUGCCAACAAGUCUCAUCAACUUCCUCCAACACAAGCCGGUCCCCGUCAUCGCUCUUUAGUGAGAGCGAGAUUCUCAUCAUGUCAUCUAACUCAUGCUUUUACUUUGUUGGUAGAUUAUGGGCGACCUUUUUAUUUUAUAUUUAAUCACUUUUGUUUGCUCUGAUUGUUGACUGAAAACAUUAAAAGUGUGGACAGCA